AUGGGUAAGCUUGGACGAAGACUUAUUAGAAGAUUACCAUUGAGAUCCAGAAAACUCACUGUUGUAUCUUUGAAGCUGCCGUUUAUUCCACAAACACAGAUACUUCCGGCCCCUGAGAGUCCGUACGCCUCGAGCAUGGAAGAUGCCGAGAUACUGUCGGUGGAACGCGUGAAGGUCAACGGACCGAUCAAUUUUGCCGACAGCUACUCGCAAGCCGACUACGAACUGGCCCUCUCCACAUUCAACGACGUUGUCAGACAUUUCAACAUUCCUAACCAAUACCUUAUUGAACCAGCAAUUGACUACAUCGAGUUCUUGCGCUCCACGAUCAAAGAACAUCACAAGUCUCAAAACAAACUGUUCAAAUUUGGAAAACUCAGAAAGACACUUUCAUUGAAAUCGCUACGCAAGGACCACUCCAACAUCCAUAUAUCGAAAAACAUGGACUUUUUAGCAUCUGUAUUCAUAAUUUCGUGCGAAAUGGGCCACCUGAUUGAAAAAUUGUCCUCAGAGAUCAUCAAAUCCGGCAUGACCAUCCCCAAGGAGAAAACUAAGCAAUAUUUCGACGUGUUCAAAGACAGACUGAUGUGUCUCAACAACAAUCCAGGGAUCUUCUUUGAAGUUUCCAAGCCGCUAACGAAUUUUGCAAGACACUGUCUUGAAACUCGAAACUACGUUUUCUCAAACUUCCCAGCCACCAGAUCCAGUCUUGUGGAGUUCUGGACCACUUCACUAAGAGAAUACUCUACCCUACAGAGCAAGAAAGAUUGGGCCGCUCCUGCCGUGGAGUACUCGUUCGCAGAUGAUAUGGAGUUACGAAGAUUUAUCCAAAAGUCUCCUGAAAAGACUCUUGCCCCAGCUACCGACAGCGAGCUCGACACCACAAUCGACAAGACCGAGAGCUUCGUGCAGAUCAUGCCCCAGGUACAGGAGAACGUUCAGCAAAUCAGUCGCUUCGACAUCGAGCAAAGCAUGGUGGAGAACUCCAUCGUUGUUAAACAGGAGCAAGAGCAGUACGAAAAAAUAAAACCUGUUGAGCCAGUUGAAGUAAUUGAAUCAAUUGACCUAGUUGAACAACACGAACAACAAGAACUCGUUGAACAAGACACCAUGCCCGAGCUGCACGAGGAGCCCGAUCGGAUCGACGCAAGCGAAGACCACACUGUGCUAGAUGCGUCAGUAGAGCUUCCAGCUCUGUAUGAACGUUCAAUUGACCAGUCAAUGGACGAAUAUAGUUUCCAGACAUCGGAGAGCGCCCCCGUUUCAGAAUCUGAUAUUUCUCCAAGCAUUGACCGGUCGCACCACGUGGAUACCGACAACACCACCGAGGGAUCGUUGAUGGAUUACGACGAUUCGACGAACAAGCAGGAAACAUCCAUGCACUUCGAUCUCACAUCGACUCCAGCUCCAAAAUCGCACGAGGCAGCUGAUCGUGCUGAAAACCUGACGUUCCCUGACAAGGUGGACAAGUUUGAGAAGAUGGGAGGGGGUGUUUCACGAGCCAUUCUCAACUGGGAUAGACCAGAAUACGAUGAGUCCAGGGAAGAGGAAGACGCCCUUCUUUCUGAAACUGUGCGGUUGCAAAAAAUGAAACUUUCGGAGCCAGACAUUGAAAAGGAUCAAAUACUGCACAACACACUGAAAGAGCUCAAUGUGAAACGCAAGUCUUCCGACUCAGAUUUUCGGGAGUCGAAGAACCUGAGUGUCAGACAGAGAUUUGGUCUUUUCCUGGACAGUCGGUUCAAAGAGCUCUCUGGAACAGCAGAAUUCAAAUAUCAGAUCAUCACUCCUUGGAAGCUCUACGAGCGCUUCUCUGGGACAGAUGGUGCCACAUGGGACGAACUCCCAUCACGGGAAAAGGACGCGUACUACUUUGCGUUCAAGCGGCAUUAUUCAGAGCUGUUGGAGCACGGCGACCGGUACGACAGUCGGCUUGCUAAGACAGUUGCGGAUAUAUGUGCUGAGAUUGGCGAAUGA